CACCCACCUCCGCUCUUUUUUAGCCCCUCUCCCUUUCUCCCCAACACUAGGCCCUCAGCCGCCACACCCAGGCGAGCCCCGAUACCAUGGCCGACGAGAAGCACAUCAACAUCGACGUGGAAAAGGCCUCGGCCGCCGACUCCGGUGCUUCCUCGCCCCAGUCUGCCGCCCUCGCUGCCCUCCCGAGCGACUCCCCUGCCGUCUUUAAGCAGGGUUGGGCAAAGCGUCUCCUUACCUGGGGCAUCGAGUCUCGCGGCAUCGUGCCAGUGUCGGCCUCAGAACGGACAGACACCAAGUUCUUCAAGAUCUUCUUUGUCUGGUUUUCGAUAAAUUUCAAUAUUCUUUCCUUCUCGACGGGUGGACUGGGUCCCGUCGCAUUCGGUCUUGGCCUUCGUGAUACCUCCCUUACUAUCUUAUUCUUCAAUCUUAUUGCAUGUCUUCUCCCUGCUUACAUGAACACAUGGGGACCCAAGACCGGUAUGCGGCAGAUGGUCCACUCGCGUUAUAGUUUCGGCUACUUCGGCAUCAUGCUCCCCGUCCUCCUUAACCUCAUCAGUCUGUGUGGCUUCAACAUUCUCAACUGUAUUCUCGGCGGCCAGGCUCUAUCCGCAGUAACGGAUAACCAAAUGAGCUGGACCGUCGGCAUCGUGAUCAUCGUGAUCAUUUCGCUAAUCCUCUGCUUCAUGGGCUACACUGUCCUGCUGUGGUUCGAGCGCAUCGCGUGGUUCCCCACCCUGCUCGCCUUCCUCGUCGCUCUCGGCCUUGGCGGCAAGAACCUCUUCAAUGGCCAGCCGGUCGAGCCCGCCACGGCUGUCACGAUCUUGUCGUUUGGCGCCGUGAUCGCGGGCUUUGUGAUCACGUUUGCUGGAAUGGCGUCCGACUUUACGAUGUACUUCAAGCCGGAUGUUUCUAGGACGAAGAUCUUCUGGUACGCGUACAUCGGCUACCUCCUUCCCAUUGUCACGCUUGAAGUCUUCGGCGCCGCAGCGGCCAUCGCCGCGCCGACGAUCCCGAGCUGGAACGACGGCUACGGCACGGAGGGCAACGUCGGUGGUCUGCUUAACGCAAUGCUGAGCCCCGUCGGGCGGUUCGGCAAGUUCCUGACGGUGAUGCUGAGUCUGAGCGUGGCGAGCAACAUCGCGGCGACGCUCUACUCGAUCUGCUUCAACUUCCAGAUCCUCAUUCCGCCGCUCUCGAGGGUGCCGCGAUACGUGUUCUCGGUCGUCGGGUCUGCGAUUGCUCUCCCGAUCGCCAUCGUCGGCGCCCACCGGUUCUACGAGGCGCUCACCAACUUCCUCUCCUUGAUCGGCUACUGGGCCUCCGCGUACUGCGGCAUCCUCAUCGUCGAGCACCACUACUUCCGGCGCAACGACUUCAGCACAUACGACCAGCGCGACUGGGAUGUGCCCGGUCGGCUGCCGUGGGGCGCGGCGGCGCUCGGUGCCGGGAUUCUGAGCUUUGCGCUGAUUAUCCCGUGUAUGAACCAGAUUUGGUUUGUGGGCCCGAUUGGCGCUGUGACGGGCGAUAUUGGGUUCGAGGUUGCGUUUCCGCUUGCGGCGGUGUUGUAUAUCCCGUUGAGGAAGAUGGAGUUGAGGUAUCAGAGGAUUCCGGAGCGGGAUGAGUGAGUGUGGGGUGGGGUUGGGAGGGAUACCUUGGUGGACAAUGUAUCUCUGCGUACUGGUGUCCGUGCCGCACAUCACACGUACUAACUUUACAUACGUGCAUGCGACUGUAGAUACCUGGAUCUGGAUCUGUUAGGCUGUGCGGUAAGCGCGCUGGACGGAUGGUUUUGGAUUUAUCUUACAUACUAUCUGUUGUUUGUUGUUUUUGUUAUACGGAUCGUCCUCAAUAUUCUCGUCGAUGUAGCGCAUUCCUGUCUCGUCGACGUCGAGGUUUUGUCGAACAUAAUACGUGUCCCAAGACAAAAUUGGAUACAAGAAAA